AUGAAAAGAAAUAGUGAGUUUUUUUUCUUGUUGAGCUAAAUUGCUGUCAAUAAUUUCUUUCUGAUUGAAUUUUGAACAAUUUCAGCCGGAAAUGCAGGAGCUGAAGCUACGCGUGGCGGCCGAGCCGGCGACGAGGGACGUGGCGUCGUCCGCCAAAAUGUCGCUGACCGAGCUCUAUCUCCUUCAGUACUCAGUUUUGGUAAUAACUUAAAACAACUUUUUUCAAAAAAGCUUCGAAGUAAAUUAUUCUAACGAAAAUUCUCUGAAAGGCAAAAAAAAAUCUGAUUAGAAUUAUAGUUUUUUCCUUGAAAAUAGUUCUUUCACGUUCAAGUUCUCAGAAUUUAGGGACAGCUCCAAAUAUUACUGUAACUUUUUUUGCUAACCAACCCAAAUGAAAUUUUUUUAAAUAAAUUUUUUGGAAUUUACAGCUCGUGCCACUUUUUUUAGAAUCCGUAGACUUUUAAUGUUUUAUCAAUAUCUGAUAAAAUUUAGACAGUGAUGUCAACAAAUCUUUGAUCGACAGUCCUGCAGUGUCUCCGGCAACGCUCGCCGACUUGACCGGUGAGUUUCUUCGAAACUUUGACUUUUUUGAUAAAAAAUGUUUUCAGAGAAGGUUGCUAAAAUGAACGCUGACAAAUCUCGUGCGGCUUCACCUGCCGUGGCCUCCCAGGACCACGGCAGGCUCGGCCAAGUCACAGCGGACACGUUGUACAUGUCAAUUCGUGAGUUUUUCUUAAUUUUCGUCAAUUCUUCAAAAGCACAGUGAAAAUGCUAAAAUAGCGUUUUCGAACUUUCGGAGCUUCAAAAACUUCUAUAAGAUUUCUGAGAUUUUAUUCCAAUUCAUAAAGGUUUUGGGAGUGACGCGAACUCGGCGGGAAUCGAGACGAAGAUAUUUUGAAAUGGAGAAAAUGAAUGAGAUGAUUUCCUCAAUAAUAAGUUAUUCCAAUUGUUUUAUUUUUUCACUCAGUUUGAAUUUUCCCAAAAAAAAAAUUAUUUAUUUCCAAUCAAAACAUGACCUCUUCCAACUUGAAUUUUAUCGGAACUUUUGAAAUUCAGAAGAAAAUAAUAGCGAAUACUACACCGCCGAUGGCAUGGAACUCGAGAGUGAUGGCGGAUCACCUGCCGACGCCCCUCAAGGCGCCGGCAGGCGCAGUAAUUUCUCUAUUCUGGUGGAAUCUCUUGCAACCGGUGAGUGGCUUGAAUAUCUCAACAUUCCAAAUUGAAAACUCUCAGUAUGAAGUAAAUUUUCCUGAAAACCUUACCUUAGGUAGAGUUUAUGUUUAUUCGAAACAAAUGCGUUUCUCAGAAACUGGUGUAAGUUCUAAAUAUCAUUCAGAGAAAGCUUUAGCUAAUAACUUUUACCGAAAAUUUUCUGUUGAAAGUUCGGAGAUUUUGAAGGUAUUACAAGAACAAAAAUUUCAGACUCACUGGGGCCCGGGUCGCCAUUGAUGGCGUCGACGCCCAUCGACCAGUCCGAUGUUCCGCCUGUGAUUCCAUCAGUUAUAAAUUUUGACAUGACAUUGGUAAAUUAAUCAAAAUCAGCUUUCGAUUUGCACCAAAAAUCUGCGAACAACCCUUGGAAAAAUCUAUUAGCGUCAGUAGGAAAAAAAAAUUGAGAGACCUUGAAAGUUUCAAUUUGGCAGGUAAAGAUCCAAAAUUUUGAAUAUCCUAAAUAAGCAAGUGUUUUGGUUUCCAACCCAAAAAGUUUUGUUAAAGUGGUCAAUUUCUUCAAUCUUUUUUUUUUUUUUGAUCCAUUUCUUUUCAGCCGGAGACUGAGCAUGGAAGCGCCGCCGGAGCUACUGAAAACGAUGAAUAG